AAUAAUGAUUCAGUAAGCAGUCAAGUCUGUAUUUGAGUAUUAUCUGUUGUUGUCACAUCAGCUGAUUGCGUCACUGCAUUUAAAACAAUAACGCAAAAACAAAAAACAAGUCGUAAUUACUAAAUUUGUUAUAUCGUUUCACAAAUUACAGUGAGCAUAUACCGAUAAAAUGAAGUUUCAAUAUAAAGAAGAACAUUCUUUUGAAAAAAGAAAGACCGAGGGUGAAAAAAUACGCAGAAAAUAUCCGGAUCGCGUUCCAGUUAUAGUGGAGAAAGCACCUAAAGCGAGGCUUGGAGAUUUGGACAAAAAGAAGUAUUUGGUGCCAUCUGAUUUAACCGUGGGCCAAUUUUACUUUUUGAUCAGAAAAAGAAUCCAUCUACGCCCCGAAGAUGCAUUAUUCUUCUUUGUUAACAACGUAAUACCUCCCACUUCGGCAACAAUGGGCUCGCUUUACCAAGAACAUCAUGAUGAAGAUUUUUUCCUUUACAUUGCAUUUUCCGAUGAAAAUGUCUAUGGCUAAUUAUCUUUAAUAAAAAUUCACUUUUGCAGCCAUAUGUAACUUGUUCUAUCCAUAUGGUUGUUUUAAUUAUAAGCCUUAGCAUUAUUGAUGUAUUAUGUUUUAAAAAGGUGAUAAUUGAUUUUAAUUUGCAAUUUAAUCUCGUCUUUGUAAAAUGCUACUUUAUUAUAUAUUUAGUAAAAUUCACUUACAUGGGCGAAAGUAUUCUACCAUUCAAUUCCUUUGUUUGGUUAAGAGUGUAACAUUUAUGUAAUAAACAAUAAAUCUAUUGAAAAACCA